AUGGAGCAACCAGUCGGGGAUCUGAUUUCGACCGAGCCAGCCCAACUGCCCACAGGCAUUGAGCUCCCAGGACACUUCACCGGCCUCCGCAGGCUCGACCCCUCCCACGCCGCGAGCCACUUCCAGCACCUCGGCGGCGAAGCAAACCGCUGGCGAUGGACGUACAUGCUGACGAGCGGAUUUCCCUCUUUGCACGACUGCGCCCAGUCCGUCGCGCAGUGGGCGGCCAAGCAGGAUCCCCUUUUCUACUCCGUCUACGACGGGCCGCUGUCCGACCCCGCCUCGGCGCCGGCCGGCAUGAUGGCCUUUAUGGCGGCCGUCCCGGCGCACCGCCGCGUCGAAAUCGGUAGCGUCAUCCUCGGCGGGACGCUCGUCCGGUCGCGGCAGGCCACCGAGGCGUUUUACCUCUUCAUCCGCCACGCCAUCGAGGACCUGGGGUACCAGCGCGUCGAGUGGAAGGCGAACCACCUCAAUGCGCCGAGCCUGGCCGCCGCGGCGCGUCUCGGAUUCACGUUUGAAGGCAUAUUUCGGAAACAUAUGGUGAUCAAGGGCCGCCGGCGCGACACGGCCUGGUUCAGCAUCACGGAUGACGAGUGGCCGGCCGUCAAGGCUGGCUUCGUCGCCUGGCUGGACGAGGCCAACUUUGAUGAAAACGGAUGCCAGAAGAGGACGCUGCAGCAGUGCAGAGCACCGUCUGUAUAG